AUGCCUUUAGAAUUAUACACAUUAUGGCAACAGUAUCCAUGGAGUUUAGGCAACGCAAUGUGUGAACUGAGAGCCAUAGUGCCCGAAGCCACAACAUACGCUUCUAUAUUGACCAUAGUGACUUUCAGCACGGAAAGAUACGUGGCCAUAUGCCAUCCCAUACGCCAACAAACAAAGUCAAAACUGUCCAGAGCCAUUAAAAAUAUUGUUGUUAUAUGGUUAAUAUCUCUACUAGCAGCCACGCCUUAUGGCAUAUUUACAAGUGUAAAUUAUUUAACUCUGAAAAAUGAAACUCUUAAAGAAUCUGCGUGGUGUGGUUUUCCAUUUACGGAUCCAAACAAGAACUGGGAGACGCUAUUGUUGUGUUCCACUAUUAUGUUUUUUGUUAUUCCUAUGACUGUGAUUGUCAUUCUUUACGUCAGAAUAGCUGUGACGUUACAUCAGUCGAAUAAUUUGCAGCGAUGUACAUCCGAAAUUAACACAGCUUGUAGGACUGAUGGUGAAAGAUCAAAAGUACAAAGCCGUAGAAUUGUUGUAAGGAUGUUGAUUGCUGUUGUUACUGCAUUUUUCGUAUGCUGGGCGCCUUAUAACACGCAACGUCUGCUUUUCGUAUACGUUUCCUUAUAUGGCGAAUGGAAUGAUACCAUUAAAAGGAUAAACCAAGAUUUAUUUUGCAUAGCAGGUUGUUUGUAUUACUUCAAUUCUACUAUCAAUCCUAUUUUGUACAGUGUCAUGUCAAAUAGAUUUCGCGUUGCCUUCAGGGAAAAACUUUGCAAGGACAAAAAUCUCAUAUGGUGUUGUUGUUGCUGCUGCUGCUGUUGCGAAUGUGGUAAAAGUGAGACGACAAACAAAACUCAAAAAAUUGCCAUUUACAGAAAUUCUCAUUCGCAAAAUUCGGUCAAGUCCUGCUUCAGUUAUCCACUGAACAAUACGAAGCUCAACGCUAACAAUUCAUUUCCAAAAUCGAGAUCGGAUCUGGAGAGCAAUCAGAGUGGUAUAAUCUGGUUUAAAAAUCCUCAUUACACGUCAGUCAGCGUAAGAUACGAUAAUAAACACGUUAAUACCGAAAUCGUACGUAUGGGAACGGAGAAGAAUAGAAACAGCGAGUCAUCCAUACAGAAAAAUGAAUUGGCCGAAGAACUGAAUAGUGCACUCGAACCCGAAUUGGCAAAGCUAACGGAAAGCGAACCGGAAUGCGUCGAUUGUACUAAUUGUAAUAUAUUCCAACCGAAAAUUAAAUCUCAAUUAUACAGUUUGGUUGAUAAAAGUUCGAGCAGCGUACAGAAUGACGAAUCGACCAGAAUUUCCGAUGCUCUAGCAGAAUCUAUCGUAUGAACGAAGAAUCUUUUUUCAAACAGUUUUCUAUAAAUUCGUCUACCUCAUUGAUUCAUAAAUUUAUUGCAUUAUUAAGUGUAAGCUAUUGCUUGAUUUUCACGCAUAAUAAAUUCCAAUUUUUCAAUCGUGAUGUUUUUUCCUUCAUACCUUACUAAUUUUUUUACUAUUUACACGAGUAAGUCUUCAUCCAGAAUUAAUUUAAAGCACGCUCUUCUCUAUUUAACGUGUAGGCUUAUAAACUGGUUCGUACAUUUCAUUUCUAAGAAUGCAACGAAAUGAUGUUAAUAAACGGGAGACUGUCGACAUCUUCGAAGAAAUUUAUGUUUAUUAUAACUUUGUUUACCGAUUAAAUUUCGUUAAAAUAAUUUAUUUAAAUUCAUUAGUUUCAUCCU